UAUGGAGGUAUAUUUCGAAAGCGUUAAACGCCGCAAAUCUCCGACGCCAAAGCGUCGACCGAGCGUCCCGAUGACAUAUUUCCGACUUCUUCUACUCCUCCUAAUUCAGACCGGCGUCGAAGCGUCGGACUGUAAAGUUAGUGAGCGGAUAGACUUGACAAAAAAAGACUUGCCUGAAUGUUCUGGAAAGAAAGAAAUUGGAGGCUUAAUCAGAAAUGAGGAUUGCUUCCCAAUAAAGAACUCUGUUAUGGACAUCUUCACCGAUACCUGUAGGGUAACUGUCAUUACAACUGAUCAGGGCAUGUUUAAAGCUAAGGUAGACGGACGAGUUCGGGCAAUUUCGGUUCGCCUCGGGGACAACGGGGAGGAAUUCUACUCUAUUCCAAUGGGAAAUGAAAAGAUUGAUAUUGUGGUCGAAACUACUCCCUCUUCUUCAAACGGAAGAGUAAAAAGAAGUUUGGAUAGACGCAUGUGGCAAGGAGCUGGGUUUGAAUGGCUAAAGAGGAAUCCUUGGAGGUAUUCUAACAGUAACUGGCUCAAGAAAAGAAAUUGGGCUGACAUAAAUUCAGAGUGGCUGAAAAAAAGGUCUUGGGAUGAGGCUGGUAUGGACUGGCUAAGGCGGAGGAGACGAUCAGCUGACAAAAAGGCGUGGAGUGAAGCCGGAAUUGGCUGGAUAAAGCGAUCUGACGAUUCAGAUAAGAGAGCUUGGAAUGAUGCCGGUUUUGGAUGGGUUAAGAAAAACGCUGCUGAUAAGAAAGCUUGGGAAGAUGCUGGAAUAGGCUGGGUAAAAAAAAAUUCUCCAGAUAAGAAGGCAUGGGAAGACGCGGGUAUUGGAUGGGUAAAGAAAGAUCUAAAUAAAAAAGCAUGGAGUGAUGCCGGAUUUGGAUGGGUUAAGAAAAAUGCUUCAGAUAAAAAAGCUUGGCAUGACGCCGGAAUAGGUUGGAUUAAACGUAAUAGUGAUACGGAGAAUAAGAGAGCUUGGAGUGAUGCUGGUAUAAAUUGGGUGAAGAGGCAGAACGAGCAUAAGGAUGCAGGAGAACAAAGAAGAGACUAG